CUUGCCGUCAAGUUCACUGAAAAUAAGAGCUUACAAUAUUAUUUAUUUAUUUAUAAUUUUAUAACAAUUUUAACAGUAAAUCAAUGAGCGAUACAGAUACAGUUAAUAAAGAAGAGAAAAUCGAUGUUAAACCCGAGAAUUUUGAACCGGUGUCUAACGUCACAGAUGAUGCAGAAAAUAUUCCAAAACCUGAAGAAGGGAAUGACGUGGAACUCCAACAGGUUAAAGUAGAAAACAAUGUAACAAUCCCGGUGAUUAAAAAUGAAAUAGGACCUUAUCCAAGGAAGCCUCAACACCUAUGGGUCCAAUACAUCGGACCAUCGCCUGAUUCAUAUGGAGGAGAUAGUUUUGCUUACGAGCCAAGCAGAAAUCAGUUUGUGCAGUUGGUAUUUGGUCUGGUUCUCGCUAUGAUGAUCAUUACAGCUGGUUACGUCUUAUUCUGUCACCUUCAUGAACCCGUGAGAAAGCUGUAUGAAGAUCCUGGUCUCGGCAGAAUGUUCGUUAUGGUUGCAUCAGCUGUGUUAGUGGGUUUGUCGUAUGCAUUCGCCUGUUCUGGGUGCACUAGAACUGCACCUUGUAGCUACUUUUGUCUUGGUGUUACUGUUUUAGCAUACGGGGUGAUAUGUGCGUAUUUCACGAUCAAAUACGAAACUCAGGCUGUAUUCAUUGCUCUUAUUGCAACUUGUAUUGUUGUAUUUGUCUGUUUGCUUCUCGCCUUUUCUAAUUUCGACUUCACACAAUUUUUACUAAUAAUAAUAGUAGCAUUAGUUGCAUUUUUUGCCGCCAGCGUCUGCGCAUAUUUAUACAUGAUGAUCACUGGACAAUAUUUGAAACCGCUUCACAUUGUUUUACUUGUGAUUGGGACAGUUCUUCAUUCAAUACUGCUUGUGGUCGAAUUGCAAAUGGUGCUUGGAGGCAGAGCUGUAGAAUUAUCCGAAGACGACUAUGCGUACGGUGCCUUCACUAUAUACACAUCUGUGGUCUCCAUUUUCUUAAAUCUAUUGCAAUUGAUGAGCAUGGGAGAUUUUUGAAUAAGUUUGUUUUUAUAGUCGUGUUUAACUCAAUUUAUAUUAAAAAGUCGAGUUCGAUUUUUA